AUGCAUACCUACUUCUUCACCGCUCUCUCCGCCUCAGCUCUUCUUGCCCUCUCCCACGCUGCCCCCACCUCCGGUGGUCCUUCUUCGGUCCACGAUGUCUCGCCCAAGUACGGCCCCGACAGCAAGUGCUUCCACUACUACUUUGAUCACUUGGGCGAGUACAAGCACAAGUACGGGUGCAAGGACUACGAGCAGUACAAGGUCAGUGUCGAGGUCCAAUUAUUUCUGCUUUCUGUUCUGGAAUUACUCCUCUCUUUCGAAUGGCUGCUGACUCUGUUUCUGCGGGCUUUUGACUGUCUUGCCCACUCUUUCCCAGGGCUCGUACGACGACGCUUACUACGCCAAGAAAAAAGCCGAACAGGACAAGAAGGACGCUGAGUGCAAGAAGCAAGACUACGACUUCCAAAAGCACACCUGGCGUUACAUGUCGCUCAAGGUUCGGUCUUCCGUCUUUUGUCCUUGCGUCCUCCGAGUUAUCGGGUACUUGAGUUCGAUUCUGACCCUGACUUUCUUUGAUUCUAUCGUCGCGGAUAGAACUCGUUGGAGGAGAAGGCAAAGGAGUACAAUGCUUUGUACAAGCAGUACAACUUAGAGACGGUCAGUUCCCACCGCCGCAAGCUCAUGUCCUCUCGAGUGGGUUUCAGUUCGCUGACCCGACGUCCACCCGGUGGGCCUUUCCACCGUUCAGACCAAAUACGAGGAGCACAAAAAGAACUACGAGGCGUUCAAGCGUGCCCGGGAGGAAGAAAAAAGGAAGAACGAGGAGACCAAGGUUCGUUUCGUUCCCGAUCCCCAUCCAACCUGACUAGCGAGACCCCCUAUCUAACUCGGACCUCUUCCUGCGUUCGCCUUCACGCCCCACAGAAGUACUGCGAAAAAGUAUUUGAAGAGGUCAAGGAGUACUUCAAGGUCAGUGUGCGCUCGCAAGUUUUAAUGGAGUGUCCUUGUAGUGCUUUGUCCUACAGGCUUUGUAAGGCGGCGUGGACACUGACUUUUUCGUAAUUCCUGAUUCCUUCUUCCUGACCCUAGCCCAAGCACUCCUAUCACAUCGACGGUCACCAGGUCAGCACUUGUUACGGUUUUCUGCCUCGCUCGUCAUUCUUCUGCUGACACUAAUUCCGUGCCCUUGCAUUCGUGAAAUCUGUAGAACUCGUACGGUGGCGGCAACUUGAAGGGAGACGCCAAGGGAUUUGCUGGCAAGAAGGACGAGAAAUGCGACGAGGACAAGAAGGAUGGUGGUCACGGCGGAGACAAGAACGUUGGUGGCAAGGAUGGACACGAUGGCAAAGACGGACACGACGGCAAGGACGUCUUUUCCCACGGCAAAAUACACGACGGCAAGCCCCAUCACCACAAGGGCUUCAGACAGUACGACGGCAAGGACAGCAAGUUCCAUGGCAAAAAGGAUGAGAAAUGCGAUGACGACAAGAAAGACUUUCGCAGCGGGGCCAGCCGUAAAGGCCGGUGGUGA